AUGAGGCGACAUCUUUCGUGGUUGUUUCUGCUUUUGCAGUUUGUCCUCUUCUCUUGCGCCGGGCCGCAGGUCGCCCAACAUGUCCUCGAUGCCGACUCUGCAGGGGAAACAAAGGGCGAGCGCGAUACAUUCCACGCCGAGGUGGCAGCCGCGCAAACCGGAGGACAAACGGUUCGGGAACCCGGCGCCGACCUAGUCGACUCGGCCCUCGUCGAACUGCGAAAGAUAUACCAGCCGCUGCACCACCACACGCGCAAGUCGCGUAGCAUCUUCAGCACCUUGGGACACCUGGCGCUCAAGGCGCUUCCGACCUUCCGCCUCAGCGCUCCUCCCGCCGAGCCUGCUAAGAGUGUUCUCACUGGCCCCCUCCACCACGCCGCCAAGCUCCUCGAGGAGUCUGCUCGACAGAACAACUCCGAUGCCCUCUACCUGCUGGCCGAGCUGAAUUUCUAUGGCAACUACUCGCACCCCAAAAACUUCAAGGCCGCCUUCGACUACUACCAUAAGCUAUCCGCCCUCAAUGGAAACGCUUCGGCCCUGCACAUGCUAGGGCUCAUGUACUCGACCGGAGUGGGAAGCUCCGUCGAGCGAGACCAGGCCCGGGCCCUUCUUUAUUACACCUUUGCCGCCAACCAGGGGCAUACGAGGGCCGAGAUGACGGUGGCAUACCGGCACCAUGCCGGAAUCGGGACGCCUAAGAAUUGCGCCACGGCCACAAAGUACUACAAGCGCGUCGCAGACAAGGCCAUCGAUUGGUAUCGGUCGGGUCCCCCGGGCGGUAUGGGCUGGAUCGCGGAAGCCUACUGGAUCGCUGACGAGUCCGGAGGCGUCUAUGGCGAGGGAGCCAGUGUUUCGAGCGCGGGCAUGAAUGCCAUCAAGGCGCACCCCAACUCGGAUGCGUAUGCGUCGAUCGAGGACAUCAUCGAGUACCUCGACCUCAUGUCCCAGAAGGGCGACUUCAAGGCUUCCUUCAACCUCGGCCGCAUCUACUACGAGGGCCAGCGGGGUCUUCCCAAGAACUUUGACUUGGCCAGGAAGUACUUCUUCACCGUCGCCCAGAAAUUCUGGAAAAAAGGGCGCCCAGUCGAGAACUUCAAGCCGGGGCUAGACAAGACGGCCAGCAAGGCAGCCGGGUUCAUCGGCCGCAUGUACACGAGAGGCGAGGGCGUGGACCAGAGCUUUGAGCGCGCCAAGGUUUGGUUCGACCGCGGAAGCGAAUUUGGUGAUGCCCAGGCACACUAUGGCUUGGGCUUGUUGCUCCUCCACGGAUACGGCGUCAAGAAGAACAUUGUCAAGGCCACCAACCUAUUCAAGGCGGCUGCGGACCAAGACUUUGCGCCCGCCCAGGUGCAGUAUGGUUCACUUUACAUUGAUCAAGGCUACGCUGACGACCUCUCGGCCGCGAACCACUACUUUGAGCUAGCCGCGCGCUAUGGCAACAUCGAGGCCUUGUACUACCUCGCAGAGAUGAACAACUUUGGGGUUGGGCGUGAGAAAUCGUGCAGCCUAGCUCUAGGGUUCUACAAGAACGUGGCCGAGAAAGCCGAGCCUCUGGUGUCGUCUUGGGCCGAGGCCAACCUGGCCCUCGAAGAAGGCGACCACGAGCUGGCGCUCCUCGAGUACUUGGGCGCGGCGGAGCAGGGGUAUGAGCGGGCGCAGAACAACGUUGCCUACAUGCUAGACCCCGAAAAGUCCCGAUUAAUCAUUCCUCAGUGGCUCUACCCCCGAGCCCCAAAGUCUUCGGUCCUCCAGAAUCCUACCCUGGCCUUGAUUUUUUGGACGCGCUCGGCGAGGCAGGGUAACAUUGACGCCCUGGUGAAGAUGGGAGACUACUACCUCAACGGCAUCGGCGCAUACCCCGACGUCGAUAAAGCCGUGCAGUGCUAUACUGCGGCCUCGGAAUACCACCAGAGCGCACAGGCGCUGUAUAACUUGGGAUGGAUGCACGAGAACGGCGUGGGGCUGAAUCAGGACUUCCACCUAGCCAAGCGCAACUACGACUUGGCUCUGGAGACGAACGAGGAGGCCUAUCUCCCCGUCGCUCUGAGCUUGCUGAAGCUACGGGUAAGGAGCGCAUGGAACACGAUUACGAACGGGCGGAUCAACUCUAUUCAAGACGAGCCCACCCCUAAGAAAGACUGGUCCCUCAGCGAGUGGAUUGCGAAUUUCUUGCAGGAAGACAUGCCGGGGUACUACGAAGGUGAUGACUAUGAGGACAGCAUAUAUGACGACACGAUGCCGGGCGGCGACCCGGGCUUGGCGGGCGACAUUGAUGAGGGCAUUGUGGAAAGCCUAGUGAUUGUCGUUCUCGCGUGCGCCCUCGUGGGGUUGCUUUUAUACAGACAGCAAAGGCAACAAGCGGCGAGGCGCGCCGAGGACGAGCGCCAGCAGCAGGGCGUUCUCGGGAAUCAACAACAUCAACAGCAGCAGCAGCAAAUACAGCAGCAGCAGCAAGCAGAGCGAGGUUUCUUCCCCCAGCUAGGUGAUCCCGACUUUGGGCAAUGGGCUGCAGGCGGAGUAGGGCAUUGA